AACGAGAAAAAGAAAUGGGGAGCUCAGAUGCUCUCUUGCCCGUCAUCUUCCGACCAAAACCAUUAUCAUAUUCAAGAUCCGACCAGAACUCGGAAACCCGUCGGAGACAACCCAUCAAAGUCCAUCGCGCCGUCAUAUUUCUCUUGACCGUUUUGUACAUCACUCUCAUCCUCAUACACAACGAAUCCACAAGAACAAAUGGCGUCAGUGAUGAAACAACGACGGAGUCACGUGCUCAUUUGGCCGGUGUGUCGGAGAAGAGAAACGUUCGGAAAAUGGAACCGUUUGCGUGGAACAAGACGAUGUUGUCGUGGCAACGAACGGCGUUUCAUUUCCAACCGGAGAAGAACUGGAUGAACGGUCCAUUGUUCUAUAAAGGAUUUUAUCAUUUCUUCUAUCAAUACAAUCCAAAUGGAGCCGUUUGGGGUGACAUUGUUUGGGGUCACGCCAUUUCAAAGGAUCUUAUACACUGGCGUCACCUCCCAUUAGCCAUGGUUCCUAACCAAUGGUACGACAUUAACGGCGUCUGGACGGGUUCAGCCACUUUGCUUGAUGAUGGCUCCAUUGUCAUACUCUACACCGGUUCGACCAACAAGUUCGUACAGGUUCAAAAUCUUGCCUAUCCUGAGGAUCCUAGCGACCCACUUUUAUUGAAAUGGACCAAGUUUUCCGGAAACCCUGUUCUUGUACCGCCUCCUGGUAUCAGCGUAAAGGACUUCCGUGACCCAACAACGGCAUGGAAGACAUCGGCCGGAAAAUGGCGAAUUACUAUUGGUUCCAAAGUCAAUAAAACCGGAAUAUCUCUAGUCUAUGACACAACCGAUUUCAAAAAAUUUGAGAAGCUAGAUACCUUGUUGCACCAAGUCCCUAAUACCGGAAUGUGGGAAUGCAUUGACUUUUACCCAGUGUCGAAGACUGAAGUCAACGGGCUUGACACUUCUGCCAACGGACCAAAUGUGAGACAUAUUGUGAAGGCUAGCAUGGACGAUACUAGGGUCGACCAUUAUGCCAUUGGGACGUAUUAUGAUUCAAAUGGAACAUGGGUCCCGGAUGACCCUACUAUCGAUGUUGGGAUGAGUACCGGUUUGAGAUAUGAUUACGGGAAAUUUUAUGCGUCAAAGACGUUUUACGAUCAAAAUAAGAAACGCAGAAUCUUGUGGGGUUGGGUUGGUGAAUCCGACAGUGAAGCUGCCGAUGUACAAAAGGGUUGGUCUUCUGUUCAGAGCAUCCCUAGGACUGUCGUCCUAGACACGAAGACGGGAAAGAACUUAGUCCAAUGGCCAAUUGAAGAAAUAAAAUCUUUGAGAUUGAGCAGCAAGAAAUUUGAUAUGAAGGUUAAACCAGAGACCACGGUUCAGGUUGAAGUGAGUUCUGCAGCUCAGCUAGACAUAGAGGCUGAGUUCGAGAUCAACAAAGAAGAUCUCAAGAAAAUAACAGGAGAUGAGUCGGUGGAGCCUGAAGAAGAUUUCAGUUGCGAAACAAGCGGAGGUUCAACUGUGAGUGGUGCUUUAGGGCCUUUCGGAUUCUCUGUUCUUACUGAUGAAAGCUUAUCGGAACAAACCACGGUUUAUUUCUAUCUGACUAAGGGGAAAGAUUCUAAACUCAAGACUUUCUUUUGCACUGACACCUUAAGGUCGACCAUGGCAGCAGAUGUGGUUAGAUCGGUAUAUGGAAGCUUCGUACCGGUCCUAGAAGGGGAGAAAUUGACUAUGAGAAUCUUGGUGGAUCAUUCGAUAGUAGAAGGAUUCGGACAAGGUGGGAGAACAUGUAUUACGUCAAGAAUAUAUCCGACAGAAGCCAUCUACGGAGCUACGAAGCUCUUCUUGUUCAACAACGCCCUUAAUGCCACCAUUACGGCGUCAUUUGAAAUCUGGCAAAUGAACAGUGCUUUGACUCGUCCUUACUCUGCAGACGACUUGGUGCUUCACAGUUCAUCAUGAAAAUAUAAAAUGCAUGUGGGUGUUGAUUGUCUACUACUUUGGGCAUGGGUUUGGUUAAGUUUUGAGGCGUUGGAAGGUUUAUGUUCAUUAGAAGCUCCGGACUUGGUCCAUCUUCGACAAGACACCCAAAACACUAAAUUUAGUGUUAUUUCAUCUCCAACAAGAUAUCAAAAUUAAUGUCAAUUCAUCAAAUUUGGUAUAAUGUGAAUAAUAUUAUCAAUUAUGUGAAUAGUAAUAUAUCACGCCAAAUCUUUAAAAUACAUAUUUUAUUAUGUUUCA